GUCAGUGUCGGCAAAUUACAAACAGUUUGAAAAUGGAAUCUUCUAUUCGCUAACUGUUGCGCAGCAACCUAAUCCUGAAUACUUAUAGAUGGAUAAUUUACCCAAUUCAAAGUGUUAUGUUCUCUUCUUUAGAUGCACAAUAAGAAAAUAGAUUUAUUUACACUAUCGCAAGUAUUUUUUUAUCCUAAUUCGCCAGAAUCAAAUGCAAACGACAUCUGCACUAUUUUACAACAACUAUAUUGCAAAUUACUUUAACGUUCCUUUUUCUAUCGUCUAGUGUCUAGAGCGUAUCACGAUAACAGUGCAUCAGAAUUUUUCAUUUAUGCAUUGCAAAAAAGGAUGAUAUCAUUCAUUAAAUCCGAGUGACGUACUUACGUGUCAACGCUAUCAAAGGAAUAAGUAACAUAUAUUUAGACUGAGUGCUGUGAUAUAAUACCGACAAUGGAUCAAGAUGUAUUAACAGUCUUAAAGCUAUUAAUGAUAGGAGAAUCAAAUGUUGGAAAAUCAAGGUACCUAUUUAAAACGAUAAAUUACUUUUUUUUAAUGCUAUGUAAGUUGAGUCAAUAUAUUUAUAUUAUUGUUAUUGUUGGCAGCAUACUUCUUAGAUUUACUGAGGAUGAAUUUCAUGAAAAUAUGCAAAGCACAGUUGGCAUGGAUUAUAGAACUAAACAAGUCACAAUUGAUGGCAAUACAGUGAAACUUGCAAUUUGGGACACUGCCGGACAAGAACGUUUUCGUACUCUAACACCUAGUUACUACAGAGACGGUCAAGGCGCUAUAUUAGUGUAUGAUGUUACAGAUAGAGUUACUUUUAUGAAAUUAGAAACAUGGCUUAACGAAUUGAAUACAUAUUGCAAUAAGACAGAUAUUAUUAAAAUGGUAGUGGGUAAUAAAAUAGAUUUACCAAACAGAGAAGUAAGCACUGAAGAAGGUUUACAAUUUGCCCGAAGACACCAAACCCUAUACAUUGAAAGCAGCGCUAAAACGGCGGACGGAAUCAAAUGUUGUUUCGAAGAACUUGUACAAAAGAUAAUACAAACUCCUGGACUUUGGGAUCGACAUGCCCUCCUUAAAUCCGCAGCGUAUGGUAACGGUAAUAUGGGAGGUGCAAGACAUAGAGGUCAGAGAGGGAUACAAUUGGCAGAUGAGUCUCAGCCACACGAACCACAUACAAAUUGUUAUUGCACUUUGAUUUAAAUGAUUGUAAUAUAAAAUUCUGCCAGUGAUAACUGUAAAAGAAACUAUAGCUUGAAUAUGGUCUAAACUUUAUUCAAAAACUAGAUAUCGAAGAGUGAGAUCAUUGAAAACAGAAACGUGAAUAAUAGUAUGUCACAUUAUAUUGCUUUGUGUAUGUUAUGGGAAAAAAUAUUUUGUACCUUAUGUAUCAAAGAUAGAUACAUACAUAUACAAUGAGUUUGCUUCUAUCUUCUAAUUCUUUGUUAAAUAGUUAAAUUUUAUAGGUAUUUGUAAUACAAAAUUUAUAUUCAUGUAAAUAUAUUAUGCGUAUGCACAUAAUUUAAUGACUAAUAAACAUCAAUAGAACUGCA